GAUGCCGAGGGGGUUAAUAAAUACUGGAUUGGGGCUGCUGAGGUGGGGCUGCCACUGUCGGGAGCUGGGCCUUUCGCUCUGAAUAAGAAGGGUUAGAGUGAGAAUCCCAGGGCUUGCACACCCAAAGGAGACUUAAGCUGCAACAAGCAGCAGCCACCGCAAGGAAAGCCUGAGCCAGGGGGAACCCGAGAUGUCAUCGCUGGUGAAGGAAGACUUGGAGAAAAAACUGUUUAAGCCGCUGGCGCAGAAUCUCUGCGAGUUUAUUGAGAUCGAGUUCUCGGUCCAGGACAGGUAUUACCUCUGUGUGUCAGUGACCAAAACUGACGAAGUGAAGAUUAUCAUGGUGAAGCAUUACAGAGUAGGUCUAGAUGAAAAGUACGAAGUAACAAAGAAGUGGUCUUUGGAUGAUCUUCAGAUGAUUGACGGAAAAGAAGCUGAUACCGACAAUCCAUUUUUUGAUCUGCACUUCAAGAAAGUGUACAGCCUGGAGGCCUACAGCUGUGCCUCUAAGUACUCCUUUGCUCGAACGGUGAACCGGCUGAACCAUGCGUAUCUUAAGAAGGACUUGCACAUCGUGAACUUCGAUUCGACUUACAUCAACGAUGACUCCAUUUGGUCCUCCAACAACAAGGACUGCCUGGUCCUCAUGAGAAUAUGCUUUUAUGCUUUCAAUCUUGUGUGCUUGUCCCUGUGUCCCCUGCCACUUUGAAGAUGUAGCCCAAAGUCCUCCAUCAGUGUCCAAAGAAAUGGUUCUCCAACUUAAUACUGAUAGUCAAAAGUUUGUUUUGCCUCUUCCUCGAUGGCUAUUAUUCAAACUAAAAUAAAACGAGGCUUUGUGAAUGGCAGUGAAACGGGUUUUAGUGCAACUGUUAAC